AGUUCCCCACUCCCCACUGUACCAACAACAACGUGAGGAUUUCGCUGUGUCGACCAACACUAAGUUCAAAGAAAGAAUUUAACCGACUGCAAAACCUUACAGAAUGAAGCCACGGUACAAGAAAGCAAAGCGAAUUUUGAAAUUGUACUUCCACACAUUUGGUCUGAAGCCACCAUAUCGAGUCUUGGUGUGUGGCUCCUUCGCUAAGCGGGCACUCACCGACAAAAUCAACAUAGCAGAACAGCUCCCAAAGUAUCUCAAUGCUGAGGUCAAAUUAUGUACCACCAAGUGUGCUAUCAAAGAAAUGGAGUUGGGAGAGACCCUGACUUACGGCCCCUUGAAAGUUCUCAAACAGUACGACGUAGAAGAAUGCCCUCACUCUUGGUUUAAAGGCGCGCCCAAAUGUCUGAUCCGAGCGGCCACCGCGGGGAAGAAGAAGUUCAUGGUCGCCACACAGGACGAGGAGCUCAAAGAGAAGUUACGACCUCACCACAUUCCCCUGCUUCACAUCUCGCACAAUUCCAUCAACUUAGAGAAUCCUCCGGAAUCUUCUUGGAAUGCAGCUGAGGAUAAAACUGCCCAGAAAUUGGGUCUGACAGAGCGACAAGAGAAAGCGAUUGCCAAAAUGAAUGAAGAAUUGGGGCUUGUGAAUGACUCGGAUGGGAAAAAGAGAAAGAAGAAAAAGAAGGGAGGACCAAAUCCGUUGUCGUGUAUGAAGAAAAAGAAACCUCAGAAGAAUCCUAGUUCAGGAGUGAAAGAAGGAGGAGUUGGCAAGGCGAAGAGAAAGAGAAACAGGAAAAGGAAGCCUGCUCAUCUGCGAGAGUCGACAGGAGGGGAAUAGAAAUAAGAAUUCAGGAAUGAAUGUGUUCAACUACGCAGUGCUCGAUGACAAAGCACUGUUGGUCUUGUGACGCGAACUGACAAUGACCGUGUUUGUGAUGGUCAGAUUGUGUGUUUGUGACGGUCAGAUUGUGUGUUUGUUACUGCCAGAUUGUGUGUUUGUGAUGGUCAGAUUGUGUGAUUGUGACGGUCAGAUUGUGUGUUUGUUACUGUUAGAUUGUGUCUUUUUGACUGUCAGAUUGUGUGUUUGUGACUGUCAGAUUGUGUGUUUGUGAUGGUCAGAUUGUGUGAUUGUGAUGGUCAGAUUGUAUGAUUGUGAUGGUCAGAUUGUGUGAUUGUGUGUCAGAUUGUGUGUUUGUGAUGGUCAGAUUGUGUCAUUGUGUGUCAGAUUGUGUGUUUGUGUUUAUGACUGUCAGAUUGUGUGUGUGUGAUUGUCAGUCAGAUUGUGACUGUCAGAUUGUGUGUUUGUGUUUAUGACUGUCAGAUUGUGUGUGUGUGACUGUCAGUCAGAUUGUGACUCUCAGAUUGUGUGUUUGUGUUUAUGACUGUCAGAUUGUGUGACUUUGAAGAUCAGAUUGUAUGAUUGUGAUGGUCAGAUUGUGUGUUUGUGUUUGUGACGGUGAGAUUGUGUGUUUGCGAAAGUCAGAUUGUGUGAUUGUGAUUGUCAGAUUGUGUGUGUGUGUCUGUCAGUCAGAUUGUGUGUCAGAUUGUGUGAUUGUGACGGUCAGAUUGUGUGAUUGUGACUGUCAGAUUGCCCCACAUACACAGUGUUGGAGGAGUACAUUGACCGCUCGACGCCCCAUGUAGUAUGUACAGUGUUAUGUAUGUAUGUGUGCCGGUCAGACUUUGACUUUGUGUGUUGUUGGAAUCUGCUACCUACGUAGUCACUUCCUAAUGGAGAGUAGACAGAAGAAUGCAAUAUACUUUAAGACUUACUCUGUCACUGUCAAGAAAAUGUUGGCAUACAUUCGAUGGGAAGUCUUGAGAAACAUUUUGUGUAUUUUGUUUUACGAGUAUGUUUGAAUCUGUGCGUUAAUGUUAUUUCUUUCUGUCUCACUCAGCAUUGCAACUUGCCUUGAAUGAUGUGUGUAUAUGUAAUAUGUGUAUGAUUUGUGACAGGACAUGAAUAUUGUCAUGGUAGCUUAUGAUACCAAUUAUAAUGCGCUUUGUGUGUUUGUGCAUGCCUGUAUGAGUGAGUGGGUGUGUGUGCGUGAUUCAAAUGAGAGUAGACAGUUUGAAAUGAUUUUUUAAAAAGAUGUAAAGAGAAAUAAUAAUAUGUGUACACAAAUGGUUCACAAAAAAGUGUACAAUAAAUUGAUACCCUGUUAUCUUGUGUUUC